AUGUGGACAGUUUUUGAGUACAUCCCCGGUGGCGACCUCACCAGAGCUCUUGCGACUCUCUCUUGGUCCCAACGCGCCCAGGUUGCAUUAGACAUCGCAUCGGCGUUGGCAUAUUUGCACGACAACGACAUCGUCCAUCGAGACGUCAAGUGCGCCAACAUCUUGCUCCAUGAAGACUGCCGAGCGCGCUUGUGUGACUUUGGAUUUGCACGAAGACUGGACGACGACGCAACCUCGCUCGCCGGAGAGCCGCCCUGUGGUCCACGUCGAAAACGCUGCAUGACUGUGUGUGGCACCGACGUUUACAUGGCUCCGGAAUUGUACUUCGAUGAGCCGUUUGAUGAACGAGUUGACGUGUUCAGCUUCGGCGUUGUCCUCAUCGAGCUCAUUACGCGACAAAUGGUCCACUGCGAUGGUUACUUGAGGCGCACCCCGGCCAACCAUUUUGCCAUCGACAUCGACGAGUUCAGGAGCCACGUGCCACGGACCUGCCCUGCAUCGCUCGUGUGUCUUGCAGAAAUGUGCGUUGCGGUCGACUCGGACAUGCGGCCGACUGCCCUCGAGAUUGUCGAGUGGCUGCAAGAUCUCAAGGCAGAGCUGGACGACGGUUCGAGUGACUGCGACACGGUGUGUACUGACGAUGACGACGACGGUUCAUGCAUCACCCCGCCGACCACCGAUGCGUCUUUCGUGGCCUUCGAAGGCACGCUCUGGACCAAGGAAGCAGGACACUUCCGAGACGAGUGGCAAUCGAGUUUUGUGAGUGUGUGCAAUGGCCAAGUCACUGUGACCACAAAAGAUAAAACCACGGUCGCUGCGUUGACCACUUGGGCAAGCGUAGCCAUGAGUCCAGAUGCGCCAAACCAACUUGUGUUGCGCAUGCAUGUUGCAGAUGGAUCCGGAGACAUGGACGUGUGGGUCUGCCAAGCCUCGACAGCGUUAGAGGCGCAACUGUGGAGAGCGAAGCUUGACCACGCCAUCAAAACAGCCAAGGCAGCCCAGUCACAGAACUUCGACAACUCCCGGCACUCGAUCGUCGUGGUCGACGAGGUGUACACGUGGUUGAGCAACGUGGGUCUAUCGUGCUACUUUGCAACGUUCAAGGCCAAAGGUUUUGCGUCGCUCGCGUUUCUCCGAGAGGUUUGA